AUGAACGCGGGGCCUUCCCCCUCCACGGAGCCCGCCAGCCAGCCAGCCAGCCAGCCACCCCCGGACGGACAAAGGGGCGCCUCUCCGGGGGGCGCCCCCCGCCUCACCGGCGGCGCCACCGGCACGAGGGUGGCCCGUGCGCGCGCGGGGGGCACGGCUGCCCUGCCGCUGGAGCGCGCGGCCCGGGAGGCCCGGGAAGGGCCGGGGCGGCGGCGACGGCGUGUGCGCCCAGCGCCCGCCGAGCCCGUUCCCCCGCGCGUCGGCUCCGGCUCGCCCGAGGCCCGCUACGCCCGCGGCCGCCGCCGCUGCCUCAUCUUCCUGCGGCGGGAGACAUGUUCCGCCCCCCGCCCCGCGCGCACAGGCCACGCCCCGCGCGCACAGGCCACGCCCCCGUCUGCGCGCCGCGGCCACGCCCCGACACGCCCGCGGGCCGCGUCGCAGAUCCUUCCGCCGCGCGGUCCCCCCCCAAACCCCGCUCCCCGCACCCCUUCCCCGCGCCGCCCCGCGACCCUGCCGCGCGCGCACAGGAGGAGCCCCACCCCAGCAACCCCCCCCCCCAAAAAAGCUUGA